CCGUCAGUUCAGGUUGAGCGCUCGAGUUGGUCGGUUGUUGGACGCGCGUUACCUCUACAAAGUGUUUCUGAAAAUCCAGGCAUCCAGUGAAAUCAGCGUGUGAUAUUUUAUUCGCUUCGUUUCGUGAAGUGUAGCAGAAGUGUAGUGAAAAGGCAAUUCGAAUCGGACAAGUCGCCGGCAGAAGACACGAUAUACGAGACGUUCGACAGAACACCUCAAGUGCCCCCAAGUACAGCCAAUAAGCCAACAAUCAACCAGCCAACCAACCAUCCAUCCAUCCAACCAACUAACCAACCAACAGGCAACACACGCAGCUACAAAAUGGAAUACCGGUGCUUAAGUAGAAGUUCUGUCAAACACCUAACGGCUCUCUGCGUCCUCAGCAUCGCACUCACCUGCGCAAACGCGGCGUUGUGGCCAAGUUACAGCAGCGACGAUGCGCCCCCCAGCCGCUGCAGCGGUGGGCGUGGCCUGAAGUACCUAUCGGGCGAUGCGCUGACGGACUCGCUGGACUGCCUGGGUCCCAAUAAUGCGCCAUAUCCGAGCGCGGCCGUGGCGCGCACAUUCUCCAACUGGAACGGAAACUCGCGACGUGGCCGCCAGAGCAAAUUGCCCAGCACACUGGACCCAGCCAUAACCACCAGUGCUCUGCUGAGGGCCUACGACGAGGUGAACAACGAGGCCGUCGGAAGCAGUCGCUAUGGUCGUUCGCUGAAGAACGCCACGCCGGCGCAGCAGUGCAAGAGCGAGACGCCGGCGCGCCUCUGCAAGACGCGCUACAACACCACGGCGCCCAUGUACGGAGUGAGCCUCACCUCCGGCCAGCCGGUGACCAUCGUCCAGAAGUUCCCCGAUCUCCUCCAGCAGGUGGUCUUCGAAGUGUGCGAAUCCUCUGAGUGCGAUGUGGUCCGCGGCGAGUGUACGCAAACCUAUGUGCCCUACCUGUUCCUGGUGAUUCCGCUCGGCCCGGUGACGCUGACUGGCCAGGAUUACGUGCUGGUGGAGAGCGGAUGCGUGUGCAAGCCCAAGUACUCGACGGGCGCCGCCCAGGAGCCGAACAUGAUACCGUAGGAGGAGGAAACGAAGGCGGAGGCGGUAACCACCAGGAACACCAACAGCAACCAAAAGAACUGAGCGAGUUUUGGGUCGGAGCAGAUCGGAGCCAAGCCGAGCUGGGCUGAACUGGCUGGCUGGCUGGCUGGCUUAAUUAAAAGGAAUUAUUUUUUGUAGCGAAAUCAAUUUUGCAAUGUUAUUUAAUGUUUUCCCCCCAUCUCUCAUUCUCCUUUCAAUCCCACUCAGCUGUAUAAAAUUGAAAUGAAAUUUUGCUC